AUGUCUGCCUCUGGAUUGACUUCACAAGCUCAAGUCCAAUACAUAUUGCAGUGGUUUCAAGAGUUCAGUGAUUUGCAGCGUGAAGAUUUCCUCCCUGUUCUUGCAUCAGCACAGGGGAAUAGACCAGAACAACUGGCAGCAAUACUCUCUAAUCUUUCAUGUCAAGAUAAGCCUGUCAGUUUAUUUCAGUGCCGCGUAAAACUUUUCAAUGAAUGGUUCCCAUCAUGGUCCGAUGAAGAGAAAGGAAGACUUAUCAAAAAAAUAUCAGAACUAGAUCCAGAAUUUAGCAAAAAACUAAAAGGAACUGAAUUACAAGGGACCCAAAUGAAUGGAGAUGAAAAUGAUUCAGAUGCAAAUAAUGCAGAAGUGUUAGCAGAGGCACCAGAGUCUCAUAAUGUGGAUCAAGAUGGGAAAGACAUAAUUGAUGACAAUAGAGAGUUUUCCUCAUCCAAUCCAGAAAAUGUUUCAAUUGAAAUAACAGCAGCAUCC